ACCACUGAUCGCGGUUCGGUGUCCGAAUUGUUAUGCGCAACGAACGUCGAUCACGCCACGUUUUUCGCAGUCGCCCGAGUUCAUUUCGGCGAGUUUCUUUCUUGCCUUUGUGCGUGUCCGUUGAUGUGCUUCACCCACAACCAUGUCUAGGUACAGCCAGAGACCCGAGAACGCCUUAAAACGCGCGAAUGAAUUCCUGGAAGUCGGCCGCCCCGGCCGUGCCCUCGACACCCUGUAUGAGGUGUUUAGGAACAAAAAAUGGGCGUACAACUGGAGCGAGAGCGUACUCGAGCCGAUCAUGUUCAAGUAUCUGGAACUGUGCGUCGACCUCAAGAAGUCGCACAUCGCCAAGGAGGGACUUUUCCAGUACCGGAACAUGUUCCAGUCGGUCAAUGUCGGCUCGUUAGAAAAUGUUAUACGUGGAUACUUGAGAAGUGCUGAAGAACGUACCGAGGCAGCUAGAGAACAAUCACAACAAGCUGUUGUUGAUAUCGAUGACUUGGAUAAUCUUGCUACUCCUGAAAGUAUUCUUCUGAGCGCUGUGAGUGGAGAAGAUGCCCAGGAUCGUAGUGACAGAACCAUAUUAACGCCAUGGGUUAAAUUUUUAUGGGAAUCUUACUGUCAGUGUUUAGAGCUUUUGAGGACUAAUGCUCAUGUGGAAACUUUAUACCAUGAUAUCGCUAAAAUGGCUUAUGCAUUUUGUUUAAAAUACAAUCGUAAAACAGAGUUCAGGAAAUUAUGUGAUAAAUUACGUAAACAUCUUGAAGAUAUUGCCAAAUUGCCUGCGCAAACUGUUAAUGUUAGUCUUUCUAAUCCUGAAACCCAACAGUAUAAUUUAGAAACUCGUUUGUGUCAAUUAGAUUAUGCUAUUCAGAUGGAACUAUGGCAGGAAGCAUACAAAGCAACAGAAGAUAUCCAUAAUUUAAUGAUGUUAGCUAAAAAAUCUCCAGUUCCAAAAACAAUGGCCAAUUAUUAUCAAAAACUAGCUAUGGUGUUUUGGAAAGCUGGUUAUAAUUUAUUCCAUGCUGCAGCUCUUAUGAAAUUUUUCCAACUGAGUAAAGAAAUGAAGAAAAACAUAACUGCUGAAGAACUUCAAAAAAUGGCUUCUCGAGUACUACUAGCCACAUUAGCUGUACCAUUACCAUCGGCUCAUCCUGAAUUUGAUCGUUUUAUUGAAACUGAUAAAAGUCCAUAUGAAAAAGCUCAAAAAUUAGCUGUUCUUUUGAGUCUUCCUGCACCACCUACAAGAAUUUCUCUUUUAAGAGAAGUUGUACGCCAUAAUGUUGUGGCUUUGGCUUCUGAAGAUUUGCGUAAUCUUUACAUGUGGUUGGAAGUAGAAUUUCAGCCUUUAGAACUUUGCAAACGUGUUGAAACUGUAACUGAGCCACUUAUAGGUAGCGGUAGUGAUUUAGAAGGAUAUGUAGCCCCUGUGCGUGAAGUUACAUUGGCACGUUUGAUUAGACAACUUUCUCAGAUUUAUGAAACACUUGAAUAUAAACGACUCUUAGAAUUGGCAUCUUAUUGUAAACCUUUCCAUAUGGAACGUGUCUUGGUUGACUUGGUCCGUCAUAAUGAUAUGCAGAUUCGUAUUGAUCAUGGAAAAAGAUGCAUUCAGUUUGGAAUGGAUUUGUCAGAAUCUCAACGUGAAGAUAAACCAGAAGGACCAACUUUACAAACAAUGCCUAGUGAACAAAUUCGUACAUACUUAAUUAAUACUUAUAAAGUAUUGUCUAAGUCUGCUAAUAUUAUCAAUCCAGAAGCAAACAAGGAGGAAUGUAAAAGAAUUCAUAAAAGCCUUAUAAGAUACCACCAUGAAACCAAAGAUAAGGAACAUCAAAGAAUUUUGGCUCGCCACAAAAUUAUUGAAGAUCGUAAAGAAUAUUUGGAAAGAUUAAAUACCGUUAGAGAAGAAGAAGAAGCUCGCCGUGCUGAAGAAAUUGCCAGAGCAGCUGCUUUAGCUGAAAUGAAACGAUUAGAAGCUGAACGUGAAGAAAGGGAAAAAAGACGCCAAGAAUCUGAACUACAAGCAAUUAAGGAUCGAAAUUUCAAAGAAAAAAUGCAACAGAUUUCUCUAACUGCUCAUGGACAAAAAGUUUUGAAAAAACUUAAUGAUGACGCUUUGAAAAAUAUGGAUGCUGAUGAAAUAUCUGCCAAAGAAGCAGAAGAAUUGGCUAAGGAACGAGCAGAAUUAGUUCAAAAAUUGAAAAACCGCAAGAAGCAAAUGGAUUAUUUUGAAAGAGCUAAGAGAAUAGAAGAAAUUCCAUUAUUAGAGCAAGCGUGGAAAGAAAAACAGGUUCAUGAUAAAAAAUUCUGGGAGCAUCAAGAAGCUGAACGUAUACAGUUAGCUAUUCAGGAACGCAAAUUAGCAGAACAAAACCGUGAAAGAUUGGCUAGAAUGAAACCAGACAUGGAUAUUUUCUUAGGAGAAAUGAAAGAACGCCGUACUGCCGAAUUCCAAUCAAAAUUAGUAGUGUUUGAAGAAGAGUUAAUAAUAAUUCGCAAAGAAAGACUGAAGAAGAGGAAAGAAGAAAGGAAAGCUGCUCUAAUCAAACAACGUGAAGAAGAAAAGAGACGCAAAGAAGAAGAAGAAAAAGCACGCAGAGAAGAAGAAGAGCGUAAAAAGAAAGAAGAAGAAAGGAAAAAAAAAGAAGAAGAAGAGCGAUUGGCUAAUCUGGCUCGUCAAGAGCAACUUGAAAGACAAGCUGAAAUUCAACGUAAGAAAGAAGAAGAAGUACAACGAAAAUUAGAAGAGAAGAAUAAGAGUCUUUCGUCUUCAACUACAUCUUCAUGGAGAAAUGUUGACAAAAGUAGUAAAGAAGAUACCAAAUUAUUUGGCUCCGUACGAGACAAAGACAGAAGAGAAGGAGCUGGAGGAGGAUUUGGACGUACUAGAGAUGAUGGACCACCACCUGAACGUCGGUCUAUAUUUAGUAGUAGAGGUAAUGAUGAACGUAAGACUGUAGCAUUUGGUUCAAGAGAUAAUGAUCGUGGUGGUUGGAGUCGUGGCGGAGGCGUAAGUAGUAGUGGAGCAUUUGAUAAGAAUUUCAAAGAUGGUGGUCCAAGAGAAGGAGGAAGAUCUGCUUUUGAUAGAGACACGCCCAGAAAACGUGAAAUACCCUCAUCUAAUGAACCGAGUGGAGGAGGAAGUUCUUGGCGUACCAGUCGUGCUCAAGAUUCUGAAGAUAAAAGAAAGGCCACUAAAUGAUUGCUAGAUGACUAAUGGGAUGAUUCGUCUUCUGUUUGUUUUUUUUUUCCAAAUUUGAUAUAUUCAUGUUUAUUAUUAUUUUCAUAUUAUUCAAAUGUAGAACUUUUGUGCUAUAGUCAUGUUUUUUUAUCUUUACAUUUAAAAACAUCUUGGUACAUGAAUAUAUUUCUGUAUGAUGUUCAUAUUGCUACAAAAUAAAUAUUUAUUGAAUUUGAU